GUUUGAUUAACAAGCAACAAGAAAGAUUGAUUUUUUUUUUUUACAACGGCUUAGCUCAGCUGCCAAAAUAUUCGUCAUGACGGUGUCCACAACAUCUGCUAUGACUGAAAACUUUUCUUAUGAUCCAUUUUCCUAUUCUUCAUCGACUUUACUACUCUCCUCCCUUGUCGACAUCCUGUCUACGACCUCUUCCAGGCACUCCAUUUCUUCAGCUCCGAGUCUAUCAUGGUUCACUCAAAACUGUUUGCGCCUAUCCGAAUAGGACGCGUCGACCUACAACACAGGGUCGCCAUGGCGCCAUUGACGCGUCUACGCGCGGAUAAAGAUCACGUCCAGCUCCCUAUGGCUGUGGAGUAUUAUGCCCAGCGAGCUGCUGUACCCGGGACCCUUAUCAUCGCUGAAGCGACCCAAAUCUCUCCGGCGCAUGGUGGAGUACCACACGGCCCUGCGCUUUGGAAUGAAGCCCAUAUCACAGGAUGGAGAGACAUCACCAACGCAGUUCAUGAGCGUGGCUGUAGUAUUGUAUGCCAAUUGGUUGCUCCAGGCCGAGCAGCGGACGCCGAGCAGCUCAGAGCAGGCGGGCAUGAGUUGUUGAGCUCAAGUGCCAUACCGAUGCCUGGGGAGGGGUUUGCACCUAAAGGUGGUUCAACUACUGCACCGCGCGCAAUGACUGAAGAUGAAAUUUGGGGUUGUGUUGCGGACUUUGCGCAAGCAGCAAAGAACGCUAUCGCUGCUGGAUUUGACGGCAUAGAGAUACACGGCGCGAACGGAUAUCUAGUCGAUCAGUUUUUGCAAGAUACAUGCAACCAGCGGCGCGAUACUUGGGGCGGAAGCGUAGAAAAUCGCAGUAAAUUCGGCAUCGAGGUUGCAAAGGCUGUCGCAGCCGCUAUUGGAUCAGAUCGCGUGGGAUUCCGCUUGAGUCCAUGGAGUUCUUUCCAAGGCAUGCUCAUGUCCGACCCUAUUCCCACAUUUUCCCACCUUGCCGCGCAACUCAAGGAACUACAAAUCGGCUAUCUACAUAUAAUCGAGUCCCGGGUGGACAAUAACGUCGAUUGCGAGUCCACUCAGAGCAUUGAUUUCCUGCUUAAUAUCUGGGAUAAUGUAACACCUGUUUUGAUAGCUGGUGGCUAUACUCCAGGCAACGUGUUUGAAGCCGCUGAUGAGAAGUAUGGUGCAUCAGACGUCGUCUUCGUCUUCGGACGGCACUUUGUGUCCAAUCCAGACUUACCAUACAGACUAAGGAAUGGUCUGGAAUUGAACAAAUAUGAUCGAAGUACAUUCUACACACCAGAGAGCCUUCAAGGAUAUAUUGACUAUCCCUUCAGCAAGGGAUUUCAACCUGGUGUAAGACUGUAAGAUCUAGAGAUGCUUAGUUUUCAG